AGCAAAACUCACAUACUAUCACAAACAAAAAGAAAGUUAUGGGUAGUAUCCGCACUUCCAAAGAGGUUGAAAGAGAGCUCCCCACAUUUGUUAGGGUUUACAAGGACGGCACAGUCGAGCGCCUCUCCGGCACUCCAUAUGUCCCGCCUUGCUUGGAGGACCCCAAGAUCGGCGUUGCAUCCAAAGACAUCACCAUUUGCGAGGACCCUCUCAUCCGUGCAAGACUCUUUCUCCCGAAACACGAACCUGUUACUGAGCAGCCUGAGAAGCUGCCUAACUUGGUCCACUACCAUGGUGGCUCCUGCAUCAGCUCCGCCUUCUCUCUGGUAGAGCAUCAGUAUCUCACCACCCUUGUCGCGGAAGCCAAGAUACUCGCCGUCUCGGUUGAGCACAGGUUCAUAGAGAAACUUCGACGGGUCUUCUUCUGCAGCUUCGCGCACCUCCAACUCUCCUCUCCGCUCGCUCUCUCUCACCAUCUCGCUGUACCAAACCCCUCUCUCCAAUAA